CCGCCCCCUGACAUUACAGAGCGGACUCCGGCAGGGAAGAGCUGGAGUGACGGCAGAGGGAGCGGGAGAGGGAAACGGCGGAGUCCGGGUACAUGUCACCCCGGGGAGAUCGGCCUUCCCCAGCACCGUCCGACAACAGCAGGCAUGGAGCUCCCGGCCGCCGGGGAACAUGUCUUCGCUGUAGAGAGCAUCGACAAGAAGAGAGUCCGCAAGGGACGAGUGGAAUACCUGGUGAAAUGGAGGGGAUGGUCAUCCAAGUAUAACACAUGGGAACCAGAGGAAAAUAUUUUGGACCCUCGACUUUUGGUUGCAUUUCAGAACAGAGAACGACAAGAACAGAUUAUGGGGUACCGAAAACGUGGACCUAAACCAAAGCACCAUAUUUUGUCGGUGCCAUCAUUUGCUCGUCGUUCCAGUGUGUUGAGUGGCCUUCAGGAUGCUACUGUGGACAGCCAUACUAAGCUGGAGAUGACAUCCAUAGCAAAGAGCCAGCCUUACCAGUAUCAGUUGAACAGUAAAAAACACCACCAAUAUCAGCCGUAUGUCAAUGAUCACUCCGAAAAGCAUCACACGAGUAACAAAAGAAAAUAUUACUAUCAACUGAAUAGCAAGAAACAUCAUCAUUACCAACCAGACCCCAAGAUGUAUGACCAAUAUCCCUCAGAGAAGGAUUCUCAGAACUCUUCCGAUCAAAGGAGACAUAGGGAGUCCUGGACUCAGAGCCGGCCUAUUGAGUUGGAGGCUCCUGCAAAGAAUGGCAUAGGACUAGCUUUAAAUGGCUUGGACAAAAAUCUCCCUAGUGGAACUCCCACCAGCACUGUUAAAGAAGUGUCUGGAAAUGGCGUUGGGGGCAAAAUGAAAAUUGUGAAAAAUAAAAAUAAGAAUGGGAGAAUUGUCAUAGUUAUGAGUAAGUAUAUGGAGAACGGUAUGCAGUCUGUAAAAAUUAAGUCUGCGGAGGAGAAUUGUGAAACUGAGCCUGGAAGGACAGUGGCCACAAAGGUCACCUGCAAUGGUGACAGGACUUGUAACGUGGUUGAAGAAAAACAAGAGAGCUUGAAAAACAGAACGGAGUCCAAAAUCACAAUAAAUGAGAAUAUAGGGUGUGGAGACAAGAAGACCGCUCCUCUUGCUGGCCUCCGGAGAACCUAUUCUAGUGCUGAAUCUGUUCUCAACCAGCCUUUGCCACUCACCACCAAGGAGGACAAAACUACAUGGACCAAUGGAAGCAGUUUAUCCUGUAAUAAAGAGUCGCCUAAAGAAGUUGUAUAUAUUAACCCUAGAAAAAGGUGUUUGGCCGAGAUGGCAGGUGUUGCAGAUGCCUCCAAAAAAGUACUUCCUUCACGAAGCGUUAGUGCUCCCGGUAGACUGGAGAACCAGGGUGGUGGUCAGAGCAUUUUGCCCAUUUCCCCACAAGAGCCAGACAUUAUUCUAUUAGACUCUGAUUUGGAUGAACCCAUAGACUUGCGAUGUGUGAAGUCCAGGUGUGACAGCCACCAAGAGACCACGAACCAUGUUGUUCAAGUGACUGAAGAAUCCCAGGCCAGUGAACCGGAUGAUGCAAAGGAGGAACCAAGGACCGUAUUCAAACCUUUUUUUGGAAAUAUUGUGAUUACAGAUGUAACAGCCAACUGUCUUACUGUUACUUUCAAGGAGUAUAUAACCGUUUGACAGAACUUGGAGUGAUUAAAAAUGUAAUUUAGGGAUAACAGCAGUUGGGGGGGGGGGGGGAAUCACAUAUUUGUUUACUUUUCAUUUAAAGACUUUAGAAGUUUUGAAGCAUUUAAAAGCACUUAAUAACUAAACAGCCUGUAUGUGUUAUCUGCAGGCAUCCCCCCCCCCCCCCGUAACAAAACCAUUGUCAAUGGUAACCAUGUAAGUUGUAUAUAUAUUUAGUAUUUAUAUGUGUAGAUUUAUUCAAGCUUUGCAUUGUUAAUAGCUAUAAUUUUUUGUGAAAUGCAACUUUGAUGUAACUAUUUUGCCAGAAUCACACUGAAUUUAACCCGAUAUAUAAAAAUUUGUAUAUUUAUGGUGUAUUGUUGAUAUGCAAAGAGAGAUUAAAUCCAGAGCUGCUAAUAGAUUUUUUUUUUUUUAUGCUUCCGGUAGCUGCUUGUAUGUAAAUAUUUAAUGAGGAAAAAGUAUGUAAGCAGCAUGAGUUAUUCCUGGGCUUGUGUAGAAGUCUGUAGCCUUAGUUAGGUGCUAAAUGAUAUUGUGCAAUAAUAAAAAUGACAUUGAAUUAUGAA